AUGUUUACUCUGUCGGAGGAAUCAAAGGAGCGCAUCGGCCGCAUCAUCGAGGUGUCGCGCGUGGCAAUUCACUAUGGUUAUCUUCCUCUGAUUCUCUAUCUCGGAUACACACGGAGCGAGCCUCGGCCUUAUCUCAUCCAGUAUGUCUCUUCCAACGUCCCCUAUGACAUGACUGAACGCAAGCCUCACGAUGCCCGGCUCUCGCGCGCCCUCGUCGAGGCAGUCGCCGGGCUCUCGGCUGGCACUAUGGCCACCUUGGUCGUCCACCCUCUCGACAUAGUCAAGACGCGCAUGCAAAUCCACCGGAGCGCGACAGCACCCUCGGCGGCCCUAACCACGGUCUCGGUCAUGCGCAGCCUGGCCCAGACCGAGAGGCCCGUCGCCGCCAUCUACCGCGGCUUGACCCCCAAUAUCUUGGGCAACGCCACCAGCUGGGCCUCCUUCUUCUUCUUCAAGUCGACCUUUGAACGCGCCGUUCUGUACUUGAAGCAGAACCGGAGCGAUGGCCCUCUCGAUGGCAGCCUGCCGUCGUCUUCCUCACAGAUGCUGUCGCCGGCCGAUUUUUUUGUCUCGUCUCUUGCGGCUGGCGCUACGACGCAGAUCAUUACAAACCCCAUCUGGGUUCUGAAGACGCGCAUGCUCUCGUCUGACAGCUUCGCGGCCGGCGCCUAUCCUAGCAUGUGGACCGGUGCGGCGCGCCUGUUCCGCGCCGAGGGCGUCCGGGGCUUCUACCGCGGCCUGGGCGUCGGCAUGCUUGCCAUCAGCCACGGGGCCGUCCAGUUCGCCGUAUACGACCCCGUCCGCCGCAUGUACUUUGCCCGCCAUCGCAGCCGCUGGCAGCUCGAGGGUGCCCCGAGUGGCGGCAACCUCGUCGACGACACCCACAUGCCCAACGAGGCCACGGUUGUGCUUUCCACGCUGGCCAAGCUCGUCGCUGGGGCGACUACGUAUCCGCUCCAGGUGCUGCGCAGCCGGCUGCAACACUAUGACGCCGACGAGCAGUUCGGCAAGGGCAUCCGCGGCGUCGUCAGGAAGCUGUGGCGCGAGGAGGGCCCGCGCGGCUUCUACAGGGGCAUGGUUCCCGGCGUCGUGCGCGUGCUGCCCGCGACGUGGGUCACCUUUCUCGUGUACGAGAACGUCAAGUACUACCUCCCACGCUGGGCACAAUAG